CAGCAACUUUAGGGGAAUAUCAGCGUUUAUGAAUUCUUUUCGAAUAACUCGUGAAAAUGGGCAAAGAUAUCAGCCAUAAGUGGGACAGAAAAGUCCGUAGAACAUCUCCUAAAUCGCAAGAUGUUUAUUUGCGUUUACUUGUGAAGCUUUAUCGCUUCUUGUACCGUCGUACACACCAAAAGUUUAAUAAAAUUGUAUUGCGCAGACUUUUCAUGAGCAAAAUCAAUCGUCCAGUUAUUUCGUUGCAACGCGUAUUACGAUUGGUAAAACAACGACAGGCUAAGGAGAAUACAAUAGCUGUAAUAGUUGGAAAGGUCACAAAUGAUUUGAGAAUUUUAAAUGUUCCAAAAGUACGCAUUUGUGCUUUGAGAGUUAGUGAACGUGCUCGCGAGCGUAUUGUUAAGGCUGGUGGAGAAGUUUUAACAUUUGAUCAAUUGGCAUUGUUGUCACCAACUGGAAAGAACACAAUUCUUAUUCAAGGAAAACGAAAUGCUCGCGAGUCAGUUCGUCACUUUGGAAAAGCUCCUGGUGUACCUCAUUCUCAUUCAAGACCUUAUGUUCGUUCCAAGGGACGCAAAUUUGAACGCGCCAGAGGUCGCAGAACAUCAUGUGGAUACAAGAAAUAAAUUGCAAAAAAUCUUAAAUUGUAUGAUUAUUACAAAUUUAUUCCAACAUAAUUGAAGUUGCGAU